AUGCGCAGGAGGGUCCGCGCGCUUGGCCGGCCGGAGCUGGAGGCGCAGGUGUCUGUGUGUCCCGCGUCCCAGCGGCUUGGCCCCGCGCGGGCCCUUUACGUGACAUUCUGCAGACUUCGAACUCACCAGUGGUGCUUCAUCCUAUUUAAUGCUAUCCUAUUUCAUGCCUUGUUUUUUGGGGCUGAUUUUGUGGAGGAAUACUUCCUACAUAUGUUGCCUUAUGUGGAUAUGAAAGCUCUUGAAAUUAAGGAUAAGGCAAGAAAAUUGAACAUGGAGCCCCUAAGAAGUAAUCUUUCCAAAUAUUAUAUCCUGAACCAGCCAGAGGUCUGUAAAGGGAAGGAAAUAUUUUUGCUUUCUCUUAUCUUCAGCCACCCAGAAAAUGGAGGAAGGCGUGAUCUCAUUAGGAAAACCUGGGGUAACAUGACCAGUAUCCAAGAGCACCAGGUUGUUCCACUGUUUGCCCUGGGAAUGCCUGUUUUGGUAACUUCCCAGCCAGAAAUAGAUAAAGAAUCUCAUAAGAACAAGGAUAUCAUCGAAGGCGACUUCCUGGACACUGCUGAAAAUCAAACCCUGAAGCUCAUCGCCAUGACACAGUGGGCUGUUACUUUCUGCCCGAAUGCUCUAUUUAUUUUCAAAGUUGAUGAUGAGAUGUUUGUCAAUCUCCUAAGCCUGGUAGACUAUCUUCUCAAUCUAAAAGAACACCUUGAAGAUAUCUAUGUGGGAAGAGUUAUCCAUCAAGAGAAACCCAACAGAGACCCUAAGAGCCAUGCAUUUGUGCCCCUUAGCAAGUACCCAGGGAAGUACUACCCAGAUUACUGCAGCGGUGAAGCCUUCAUUAUGUCCCAAGAUGUGGCUAGAAUGAUGUAUAUAGUUUUCAAAGAAGUACCCGUGAUGGCGCCUGCUGAUGUGUUUGUAGGGGUUUGUGCCAAGUCCAUUGGCCUUGUACCCAUCCACAGUUCAAGGUUUUCAGGGAAAAAGCACAUCAGCUACAAUAGAUGUUGCUAUAAAUUCAUUUUCACAUCCUCAGAAACUACAGAUGCUGCGAUGUCCCUGGCAUGGAAGGAAAUUAACAGUGGGAAAGACUGUACACUGUUUGAGACUUAUUAUGGGCUCAUUUCCUGCAAACUUCUGACAUACCUUGAUAGCUUUAAACGUUUUCACAUGGGCACCAUAAAAGAUAAUCCCAUGUAUUUUAGUGACUAG